UCAGUCUGAAAAAGUCUGGAUAAAGUCUGGAUUAAUCUGGAUGAAGUCUGUAAAACUCUGGAAAGCUUUGGAUAAGUCUGCAUAAUGUCUGGAAAAGUCUGGAAACGUCUGGAAAAGGCCUGGAAACUUCUUGAAAGGGUCGGAAAAAUUCUGGAAAAGGUUCCAAAAGAUCUGGGGAUCAUUUUCCAGAAUCCGGAUCAGUUUGUACAAGUCUGGAUAAAUCUGGAUUAAAUCUUUAAAACUCUGGAAAGCUCUGAAUAAGUCUGGAUAAUGUCUGCAAAAGUCUGGAAAUCUCUGGGGC